UGUUAGAUCGAAACUGGUACUCAGCCAUGAUAGUAUAAAACAGUCAGUAAACAACUGAACAGAGCCUGUGCAUUGAAUGACAUUUAUGGUUUGAAGUGAAUAUAAGGUUUCAGCAGUUUUUUAUACUGCGAAAAUGUCGAUAAUCCUUAAUCUCGUUAUUCUUGCCAUGGUCGUUCAUGUUUCUCAAGCCGCCUCACUUAAGUUUGAAAGGGAAUUAAUUCAGGCUACGACGGAUACUCAAGAUCUUGGUUUCAUAUGUAAGAACAAGGAAUGUAAGGAAUGCUUGAAAUUCACCACGACAGACACGAUGUGCAUUGUGGCAACUGUGAGAUUUGGUCAUGCCGGGAAAAUACGGUUAAGGAUGACUUUGAAUACCAAAUUGUUGGUAGAAGGCGAUAUUACAGGACCUGCUGCUCGGUCGUUUUGUUCUCGUAAUGUUCCCAUUAUAAAUAUAGAGGAAAUAUGUCUAAUCCCGAAAGAUGUGGACAUGGCAAAACUGCACUCUUGCCUCGAUCUUUCCGUGAAGUAUAAAGGAAAGACGUACACCAAUUCUAUUGGCUGUUUCACCAUUCUGGGUAUGUUGGUUCAAGAUCGCAUCGGCACUGCUUUUGUUUCAGCUGGUGAAGACGGUAUUCCCAUCAAUGAUAGUAGAACAUAUGGCUUUGAUGAUUCCCCUGAAGUCGUGGACGAUGAUAUUGACGGGAGCGCCAUUUGUCACAAGGGAAUAUGCAAGAUUUGUAAAACUUACACACAUUGUAAAGCGUGUGUAAUUGCAAAGGCCGUACACAACGCGAUGGAAGUAAAGCUGGUUGCGAGCAGACAUGUAGUUGUAAAAGGAAAGAUUGCAAACAAUACUGAUGUCUCUUUCUGUAUUCAUCACGUCAGGAAGCACCCUGACAUCAAAUUUGUCUGUAUUGUUGCCAGGAACAUCAGUAUUAAAGAUAUGUCAGCCUGCGUCAACAUCACAGUUCAGGUAAAACAGAGCACAUUCAACGAGUCAUUUGGUUGUUUCAAAAUACCAAACAAAGCUGACGCAAUGCAGCCGUUAGUCUCUCUCGACUCUGAGGACAUCGAUGUGGAAACGGAUUAUAUGGACUCAGAGAACAUCGACGUACUAGCGGAUUCUUUCGGCUCCGACAAGGACGAUGUCAAGGCUGAUACUCUCGAGUAAGACGUUUUCAGUCAUAUUGGAGCAGAGGACAAUGAUCCUUCAACAAGGCUUCAGAAAGCGAUGCUGACCUUUUUGAAAAGUCUGCAAGACAAAACGGCAAUAUAACGAGGACGAAUUGUUUUUGAACUCGAGACUUUAUACUUUCUUUGUAUGUUGUGCUUUCUUUAAGACCUUUCCAAAAUUGUAGUCGUCUGCAUGCAAUCUUUCUGAGAGUCAAUGAAAGUGUUCGUGAUGUGAUUCUAUGAUACUGAGCCCCGAGACUAAUGUGUGUAUAUUUUUGUUGUAUUUUGUGCUUCCUAUUCAACAAUGUAGUCGCCUGCUACCAAUCACUCUGAUAGUUAAUGAAAGUUUACGUUGAGCGCCCAAUUUGGUAUUAUUCAAUCAUACCGAGACUCGAGAGUGCUGUGUGUAUACUUAUGUCAUAUGAUGUGCUUUUCCUAUAAGACAUUUUCAAAAAUGUGUUUUGCUUUCAAUCACUAUGACAGUAUAUGUAUGUGUACCUAAUAGGGUGCGGUAAAUGUACUUUUUUUGCUUUACAUGUAGCAAUUAUACGAUUAUUUUGAGUGUACAGAUACAUUGCCUGAACUGUUACGUCUGUUGCUUUAGUUAUAGUUUAUAUUUUGGUGUGUGAUAUUUCAUAUAUAUAUCAUCCUUUAACUCAUCUACUUAUUGAGCCUAUUCACUUAACACGCUUAUAUGACCCUUCACUAAAUAAAGAUGAUACCGCAUGAAAGGCAA